AUGUCGUCAGAAAGGGAAGCUUUAUCUCUCCUUGCCAAGGCCGAUAAAAAAGCGACAACUUUUAGGUUUUUUGGGGGCAAUAAUUUCGAAGAUGCUGCCGAAUUGUACAUUAAAGCUGCAAAUUCUUUUAAACUAGCUAAACGAUGGAAAGAGGCUGGUGAUGCGUUUUCCAAAGCUGCAAACAUGCAAAUACAACUUAAUGAACGUGAUGAAGCUGCUUCAACUUUCAUCAAUGCUUCAAAGUGUUAUAAGAAAUGCAGUUUUGAAGAUGCUAUCACAUCUUUAAAACAGGCUAUCGAAAUUCUUACAGAUAGAGGUAGAUUUCAAGCUGCAGCAGGACAUCAGAAAGAUAUUGCACAGAUUUAUGAAUCUGAUCUAGUUGAUUUAGAGAAAGCAAUGCAAUCUUAUGAAAUUGCAGCGGAUUGGUAUGCUGGAGAGGAGGCGAAUGCUCUAGCGAAUAAUUGUCUUCUUAAAGUAGCAACUUUUGCCGCUACAUUGGAACAAUAUGAUAAGGCCAUUGAAAAAUUCGAACAAGUUGCACACGCUAGUCUUGAUAAUCAGCUUACAAAAUGGUCACUUAAAGAGUAUUUUUUGAAAGCAGGACUAUGUCAUAUCGUUAAUGGGGAUUAUAUAGGAGCCGGUAAUGCCAUUGAAAGAUAUAAAGAAAUGGAUGUAUCAUUUGCUGGUACUCGAGAGUAUCAAUUCCUUCAGGAUAUCCUUUCCGCAGUUGAGAAUGGGGAUGUUGAAACAUUCACCAAUAGAGUUGUUGAUUUCGAUCAAUUGUCUAAAUUAGAUAAUUGGAAAACGACAAUUCUAUUACGGAUUAAGAAGGGGAUUCAAGAAGAACCACUUUUGACUUGA